AUGGUGGGAGACAACAUAGGAUACAUGGUCUCUACCAACAACAAGAAUUUGAUGAUGCCAACACCAUCGUCGACACAAUUGUCUAUUAGUAGUCGUAUGGGUCUUCCUCAAGAGCCAAGGGAGGAACUUAUCACAUCCUCCUCCCAAAGGCCUAGAGGUAGAACCUUCGGAUCUAAGAACAAGCCAAAACCAUCUGUUGUAAUCAAGGAGAACACAGAGACCACCAUGAAAACGAUUCUCAUUGAAAUCCCUAGUGGAGAAAAAAUUGUGGAGGCUUUAAUCAAUUGGGCUCGAAAUCAUCAGUCUAGCAUAACAUUGUUGGAGUGUUCUGGUUUUGUCACUGACGUUACAUUUAUCGACUCAGUAUCUCGUGCCCCUACUUUUUCCACCGAAGGAAUGUUCUAUAUGAUAUCUCUAUCUGGAACAUACUUAAAUGCCGAUUGUGGUAAUGUUCCUUCACGAUUCAUCACUAAUCCCGUAUUUUCCUCUUUUUCCGUAUGUCUUUCUCAAGGUGGUGGAAGGAUGUUAAGUGGAAUUGUUGGAGGAACAAUUAAGGCUGUUGAUGGUAUUUUGAUCACUGCUGGUCUUUUGAAGAAACCCCAAUUUCACAGGCUGACCACUAUGUAUGGAAGAAUUAUUGAAAUUGAAGAGAGUGUUGAAUCUGAAUCCAACAACAAUGUCACUGGAAGCACUUCACUCGCACCGUUAAUUAUUGACUAG